GGCUACUGGGACCACAGCAAGAAGUUCCAGUGCCCCAUGUGUAAGAAGAGCUACACCCGGAGGCCGGAGCUCAGCAUCAACCGGGUCCUCGCCGAGAUCUCUUCCCAGUUCCAGGGGCUCGAUGUGGGGGUGACUACACCGAACACGAAGGCGGGUGCGGUGGCUGGGAGUCUGGCGGCGGGACAUGGGUUUCACGGAGAGUCACCGUCGGCUGCGGCGGAGGGUGGGGAGUUCGCCCGGGCGGGCGAGGUGCCGUGUGAUGCGUGCAUUGGGAGGAAGAUGAGGGCCCUGAAAUCUUGUCUCAACUGUCCCGGGUCAUACUGUGAGGCACAUCUCCGACAUCACAAGUGAGAAAUAACAAAUAUAUUUUCUUAGUGUUUUGCCUUCUUCUCUCUAUGACUGAAUUGAAAUGUAAUUGACCCCCACCCUUUACCUAAACACAGGAAGGUGAAAUCUCUGACGUCCCACCGCCUGGUUGAGCCCUUGCACCACCUGGAAGAGAAGAUCUGUAAGAAGCACGAGCGCCUGCUGGAGGUCUACUGUCGUAACGACCGCGGCUGCGUCUGCAUCUCCUGCGCAGAGGCCGCACACAAGACCCACGAGAUCGUCUCAGUCGACCGUGAGUGGAAGAAGAAGAUGGUGAGUCCAGGGUAGACAGAUGGAUACAGCAGAAAGAUAGGCUAGAUAGCCACACUUUAGCUCAGUGGGCUAACACAGUCUUGUAGUGCACAGGAGACCAUGGUUCGAACCCUAGUUGAUUAUGAUGGCAGAAAUGAUGUGUAACAGUGCGUUAGCUCAGCGGGCUAACACAGAUAGGCAGGAUGGCUGAGAUGUAUAACACUAUAACCUGUGGAUACAUUACUGUUGAGUACAGCCAGCCCUUGGGUAACAGAGGUGAUUCAGCAUACAUCAUACCUAGCAUCUGCAUCACAUCUACCCAGUAAUCGCAUAAAACGCACCCCCUCCCGUGUAUUUCUUGCUUUUGUACUGUACUAUACAUCAAACUUUAAUAUUUUCUGCACUCACACAGAGUCAUCUGGGUAAGUGGAGGUUGGAGCUGAAACACCUGAUCAAGGAGCGGGCCAAGAAGCUGGAGGAGAUCAACCAGUCCAUACGGGUCAUCAAAGUGAGUCCCUCGUAUAAAUGGUGAUGUCAUCAAAAUGCACCACCUUUUGUCUUUUGUGGUGUUUCGUUGAGUGAGAGUAAGCUGGGUUGUAUUCAUUAGGGCAAACCGUAGUGAAACAACAAUAGUUAAUUGUAUAGUUGAUUGGCAUACCGCCUCUUGAUCAGGGCUCUUUUAUUCCUGCUAAAUAAAUAUCUAUCUUGAUGGGACAUAUGGAUGAAUAAAGUUAUAUGAUGUAUAAAUCAAAUAGAAUACAUUUUCAUAGUGUCAAUACCCCCAUAGUGUCCCCAACACUUACACUAGGCCUUACAGUUGACUACCAUAGAAAGCAUUUUUGCUCCCAUGUUUGUAAUGGCUCUGAUCCAUCUCUUAGGCCUAGGCAGACUAGCCGGCGUGGCCAGUGCAAACAUUUACCUGAGUGCCCGCACCUUGUUUUAAGACUACAGUCCUUAACUAGUACCUCCUGGAAACUCCCUUUGUGGACCAAAGAGGUUAAGAUAGUAGAAUUUCUGUCAGCUUUAAAGGGGCAAUCCAGUAUUAAAUAACAGCAAAACGACUUGUUUAGGUAAACAGCUGACAAAUGGGACUGGAGAAAACGUUGUCAGUCUCAAAUUCAUAGACAGGCGCUAGCCAAGGUCGAGGGGUCAAUUCCUGCAGGGAUCACAUAGACACAGCCAACUGAGACUUGGCUAAAUAGUAGUUAAUAGCAGUAAACUGUUUUCUCUGUAGCAGUACUGACUACUCACUAAAACUCGCUUAGUUCACUGCUACGCUGGUUGACCAGUCUCCUGGUCAGAUAUUGACUGUAAAUAGAGCACAGUGCAACUGCAGUCCACUUGAGCCGUGUUUAAAAAUGCGAUGAGGUUACAGAGGGAGGGUAUAUCUUGGUGGGUUACUUACUGACUAGAGGGAGGGAGGGGGGAGAGGGAUGAGAGGGGGGGAGUGAGUGGGAUGAUAAACAAUUCUGUUCAUAGGUUUUGAUUUUCAAUCAUGUUUUUAUAUUAUACACUUUUCCUGUGUAGUCAUGAACACGUGACAUGGAAAGGAAGCAUAACAAAACACAAACUGUUUCCUCCAACUCAAGCAGGUAGAUAUUUGCCUGUGGGCUGAGAGGGAUAAGGCAGCCAGACCUGUUAGGCCAGUUGUGCUGUUGGCAAACAUGUACAUCAGUUGUGUGUCGACAGCUUUAGAGUAACUUUACAUCACUCAAACGUGUACCUCAGCCGUGUGUGUUUUCACACACAACCUCUCUCCUGCAUCUCCCCAUCUUUAUAGCAGUGCUCAGAGGGAGAUGUAGGAGAGCGAUGGAUUUAUCUGUAUCUCCAGAAUAUGUCUGUAUACAGUGCAUUCGGAAGGUAUUCAGACCAGUUGACUUUUUUCCACAUUUUGUUACGUUACAGCUUUAUUCUAAAAUGGAUUAAAUACAUUUUUUUCUUCAGUGAAAAGUGAAAACCGUUUUUUAGAAAUGUUUGCAAAUGUAUAUAAGAAAAAAACAGAGACCUUAUUUACAUAAGUAUUCAGACCCUUUGCUAUGAGACUAAAAUUAGCUCAGAUGCAUCUUGUUUCCAUUGAUCAUCCUUGAGAUGUUUCUACAACUUGAUUGGAGUCCAGCUGUGGUAAUGUAUUUGUCUGUAUCUCUAGAAUAUGUCUGUACAUGUCACUCUGUCCUCUCCCAUCUCUAUGACUCUCAAUAGAACAAUGUCUCAAUAUCUGUGUACUAUGUAUGUCUGUCUAUAACCUGUCUUUAUAGAGCAGCGCCCAGAGGGAGUUGGAGGACAGUUGGCAGGUGUAUGCAGAGCUGCAAAGUCUAGUGGAGCAGAGCCAGGCUGAGCUGGUGGAGCUGAUCGGUACGAGACAGCGUGAGGCGGAGAGGCAUGCCCAGGAGCUGGUCCGAGGUCUGGAGGACGAACUGAGCCAGCUCCGGAAGAGGAGCGGAGAGCUGGACGCCCUGGCACAGAACCAGGAUAAAGUAAUCUUCCUCAAGGUAGGCUAGGACAUGACGAGGGGAUACACAGGCCCACACACACAGAAACACACAGACACACGCAUAACACACACACACACACACACCAUACACAGUUAAACCCCUCCUCGUCCUCCCCUGCAGAGCUUGCCCACACUGGCGCCCCUCCCAGAGCCCAUUAAUUGGUCAGGUGUGAGUGUGAACACAGACCUCUACCUAGGAACUAUCCAAUCAUCCGUCAGCACCCUCGUCGACAGGUUCCAGGAAGAACUCAAGAGUCUGUACGGAAAAGGUGGGCAAAAUCAACCAUUAUUAUAUACAGUCUUGGUCAAAAGUUUUGAGAAUUGUUGGUCUUCACAAAGUUUGCUGCUUCAGUGUUUUUAGGUAUUUUUGUCAGAAUAAUUACAAGCAUUCCAUAAGUGUCAAAGGCUUUUAUUGACAAUUACAUUAAGUUUAUGCAAAGAGUCAAUAUUUGCAGUGUUGACCCUUCUUUUUCAAGACCUCUGCAAUCCGCCCUGGCAUGCUGUCAAUUAACUUAUGGGCCACAUCCUGACUGAUGGCAGCCCGUUUUUACAUAAUCAAUGCUUGGAGUUUUUCAGAAUAUGUGAGUUUUUGUUUGUCCACCCGCCUCUUGAAGAUUGACCACAAGUUCUCAGUGGGAUUAAGGUCUGGGGAGUUUCCUGGCCAUGGACCCAAAAUGUUGAUGUUUUGUUCCCCGAGCCACUUAGUUAUCACUUUUGCCUUAUGGCAAGGUGCUCCAUCAUGCUGAAAAAGGCAUUGUUCGUCACCAAACUGUUCUUGGAUGGUUGGGAGAAAUUGCUCUCGGAGGAUGUGUUGGUACCAUUCUUUAUUCUUGGCUGUGUUCUUAGGCAAAAUUGUGAGUGAGCCCACCCCCUUGGCUGAGAAGCAACCCCACACAUGAAUAGUCUCAGGAUGCUUUACUGUUGGCAUGACACAGGACUGAUGGUAGCGCUCACCUUUUCUUCUCUGGACAAGCUUUUUUCCGGAUGCCCCAAACAAUCGGAAAGGGGAUUCAUCAGAGAAAAUGACUUUACCCCAGUCCUCAGCAGUCCAAUCCCUGUACCUUUUGCAGAAUAUCAGUCUGUCCCUGAUGUUUUUCCUGGAGAGAAGUGGCUUCCUCGCUGCCCUUCUUGACACCAGGCCAUCCUCCAAAAGUCUUCGCCUCACUGUGUGUGCAGAUGCACUCACACCUGCCUGCUGCCAUUCCUGAGCAAGCUCUGCAAUGGUGGUGCCCCGAUCCCGCAGCUGAAUCAACUUUAGGAGACGAUCCUGGCGCUUGCUGGACUUUCUUGUGCGCCCUGAAGCCUUCUUCACAACAAUUGAACCUCUCUCCUUGACGUUCUUGAUGAUCCGAUAAAUGGUUGAUUUAGGUGUGGUCCUCUGUAGCUCAGCUGGUAGAGCACGGCGCUUGUAACGCCAAGGUAGUGGGUUCGAUCCCCGGGACCACCCAAACACAAAAAAAAUGUAUGCACGCAUGACUAUAAGUCGCUUUGGAUAAAAGCGUCUGCUAAAUGGCAUAUUAUUAUUAUUAUAGGUGCAAUCUUACUAGCAGCAAUAUCCUUUUCUGUGAAGCCCUUUUUGUGCAAAGCAAUGAUGACGGCACGUGUUUCCUUGCAGGUAACCAUGGUUAACAGAGGAAGAACAAUGAUUUCAAGCAACACCCUCCUUUUAAAGCUUCCAGUCUGUUAUUCUAACUCAAUCAGCAUGACAGAGUGAUCUCCAGCCUUGUCCUCGUCAACACUCUCACCUGUGUUAACGAGAGAAUCACUGACAUGAUGUCAGCUGGUCCUUUUGUGGCAGGGCUGAAAUGCAGUGGAAAUGUUUUUUUGGGAUUAAGUUCAUUUUCAUGGAAAAGAGGGACUUUGCAAUGAAUUGUAAUUCAUCUGAUCACUCUUCAUAACAUUCUGGAGUAUAUGCAAAUUGCCAUCAUAAAAACUGAGGCAGCAGACUUUGUGAAAGUUAAUAUGUGUGUCAUACUCAAAACUUUUGACCACGACUGUAGAUCAAAUCAUACCUUGUUUGCCAGGGUAAGAUAGUGGUGCAAUACCUACAGCAGGGGUAGGCAACCCUGUUCCUGGAGGGCCACAGGUACUGCAGGAUUUUGUUGCAACUAGGCACAACACCUGACCAACUGAACUAAUUGAUCAGUCCAGUGAUUGCCUAAAUUCAACACACCUGGUCUUCCACGUCGGUUAAAUCAAAAACAUGAAGUUCUAGUGCCAGGGUUGCCUUACCCCUGAUAUACAGUAUAAGGCUUUUGUCAAAAGCGGAGCAAUAUGUGUAAAACUGUAAAAUUCGAGAGACAACCAUUGUCACGUGCUUCCUGUGUGACCUCACUUCCUGUUUCCAAAUCCCAUUUCUCUCCAGGUAGAAGUUGCAGUGGGGAAAAAAAGUAUUUAGUCAGCCACCAAUUGUGCAAGUUCUCCCACUUAAAAAUAUGAGAGAGGCCUGUAAUUUUCAUCAUAGGUACACGUCAACUAUGACAGACAAAUUGAGAAAAUAUAAGUAUUUAAGUAAAUAAGUAUUUGGACACCUACAAACAAGCAAGAUUUCUGGCUCUCACAGACCUGUAACUCCUUCUUUAAGAGGCUCCUCUGUCCUCCACUCGUUACCUGUAUUAAUGGCACCUGUUUGAACUUGUUAUCAGUAUAAAAGACACCUGUCCACAACCUCAAACAGUCACACUCCAAACUCCACUAUGGCCAAGACCAAAGAGCUGUCAAAGGACACCAGAAACAAAAUUGUAGACCUGCACCAGGCUGGGCAGACUGAAUCUGCAAUAGGUAAGCAGCUUGGUUUGAAGAAAUCAACUGUGGGAGCAAUUAUUAGGAAAUGGAAGACAUACAAGACCACUGAUGAUCUCCCUCGAUCUGGGGCUCCACGCAAGAUCUCACCCUGUGGGGUCAAAAUGAUCACAAGAACGGUGAGCAAAAAUCCCAGAACCACACGGGGGGACCUAGUGAAUGACCUGCAAAGAGCUGGGACCAAAGUAACAAAGCCUACCAUCAGUAACACACUACGCCGCCAGGGACUCAAAUCCUGCAGUUCCAGACGUGUCCCCCUGCUUAAGCCAGUACAUGUCCAGGCCCGUCUGAAGUUUGCUAGAGUGCAUUUGGAUGAUCCAGAAGAGGAUUGGGAGAAUGUCAUAUGGUCAGAUGAAACCAAAAUAUAACUUUUUGGUCAAAACUCAACUCGUCGUGUUUGGAGGACAAAGAAUGCUGAGUUGCAUCCAAAGAACACCAUACCUAGUGUGAAGCAUGGGGGUGGAAACAUCAUGCUUUGGGGCUGUUUUUCUGCAAAGGGACCAGGACGACUGAUCCGUGUAAAGGAAAGAAUGAAUGGGGCCAUGUAUUGUGAGACUUUGAGUGAAAACCUCCUUCCAUCAGCAAGGGCAUUGAAGAUGAAACGUGGCUGGGUCUUUCAGCAUGACAAUGAUCCCAAACACACCGCCCGGGCAACGAAGGAGUGGCUUCGUAAGAAGCAUUUCAAGGUCCUGGAGUGGCCUAGCCAGUCUCCAGAUCUCAACCCCAUAGAAAAUCUUUGGAGGGAGUUGAAAGUCCGUGUUGCCCAGCGACAGCCCCAAAACAACAUUGCUCCGAGAGGAGAUCUGCAUGGAGGAAUGGGCCAAAAUACCAGCAACAGUGUGUGAAAACCUUGUGAAGACUUACAGAAAACGUUUGACCUGUGUCAUUGCCAACAAAGUAUUGAGAAACUUUUGUUAUUGACCAAAUACUUAUUUUCCACCAUAAUUUGCAAAUAAAUUCAUUAAAAAUCCUACAAUGUGAUUUUCUGGAAAAGAAAUUCUAAUUUUGUCUGUCAUAGUUGACGUGUACCUAUGAUGAAAAUUACAGGCCUCUCUCAUCUUUUUAAGUGGGAGAACUUGCACAAUUGGUGGCUGACUAAAUACUUUUUUCCCCCACUGUACCUGUAGGCACCAAUCUAGGAUCAGCAUAGUUUCCCUCAAUUCUUAUCUCAACUGCAGGGAAGAAAAAACACCAAACUGACCUUACAUCAGUGUUUAUCACGGCUCAUAAUAAUGGCCAGAAAGGAGCAAAUGGAAUGGCAUCAAUGGAAUGGCAUGGGUUUGAUGCAUUUGAUACUAUUCCACUCCAGCCGUUAGCAUUAGCCACUAACCUCCUGUGGUGUCUAUGUAGCUAUCUAGAUGUAGGUCAUUGGACUGGCUCCUCUAUAUAGAGAGUGAAUCAUCAGAUGGGAUACAUAGUGAAGUACAGUAGAUGCCAAAGGUCAGCCAUCUGUUAGUAAUGAGAUGGCAACAACAGGCGACUGACUGACAGCGCCACAUGAAGGUGGGAUCAGCACUGUCUGUUUACCUCCACUGUCGACUUUGACUCUGACUCCCUCUCCUCUCUCUCUCUCUCUCUCUCUCUCUCUCUCUAUGACUGUCUCUCUCUCUGACUCUCUCUCUGUCUCUGUCUCUCUCUGUAUCGCUCUCUCUCUCGCUCUCUUUCUCUCACUCUCUCUCUCUCUCAUGCUCUGUCUCGCUCGCGCUCUCUCUCUGUCUCGCUCGCGCUCUCUCUCUGUCUCGCUCGCGCUCUCUCUCUGUCUCGCUCGUGCUCUCUCUCUGUCUCGCUCGUGCUCUCUCUCUGUCUCGCUCGCGCUCUCUCUCUGUCUUGCUCGCGCUUUCUCUCUCUGUCUCGCUCGCUCUCUUUCUCUCUGUCUCGCUCGCGCUCUUUCUCUCUGUCUCGCUCGCGCUCUUUCUCUCUGUAUCGCUUGCUCUCUUUCUUGCGCUCUCUCUCGUUCGCACUGUCUCGCGCUCUCUCUCUAUCUCGCUCUCUUGCUCUGUAGCUCGCUUGCUCUCUCAAUUCAAUUUAAAAGGCUUUAUUGGCUUGGUAAACAUAUGUUCACAUUUCCAAAGCAAGUGAAAUAGAUAAUAAACAAAAGUUAAAUAAACAAUACAAAAAUGUACAGUAAACAUUACACUCAGUGUUGUAACAAUGAGCAAUAGUUAAAGUACAAAAGGGAAAAUAAAUAAACAUAAAUAUGGAUUGUAUUAACAAUGGUGUUUGUUCUUCACUGGUUGCCCUUUUCUUGUGGCAACAGGUCACAAAUCUUGCUGCUGUGAUGGCACACUGUGGUAUUUCACCUAAUAGAUUUGGGUGUUUAUCAAAAUUGGAUUUGUUUUCGAAUUCUUUGUGGGUCUGUGCAAUCUGAGGGAAAUAUGUGUUUCUAAUAUGGUCAUUCAUUUGGCAGGAGGUUAGGAAUUGCGCUCUCUCGCAUUCUCUCUCUCUCUCUGUCUCGCUCGCUGUGUGGGCAGUGUGCACAUAGCCUGUCUUCUCUUUAGAGCCAGGUCUGCCUCCCACUGUCAAUAGCUAGGCUAUGCUCACUGAGUCUGUACAUAGCUUUCCUUCAUUUUGGGACAGUCACAGUGGUCAGGUAUUCUGCCACUGUGUACUCUCUGUUUAGGUCCAAAUAGCAUUCCAGUUUAUUCUGUUUUUUUGGUUAAUUCUUUCCAAUGUGUCAAGUAAUUAUAUGUUUUAUUCUGUCUCUCUGACUCUGACAGUGUGUCUCUCUUUCUCUCCAUUGCAGAGCUCAGGAAGCUGCAGAACUAUGCAAGUGAGUACAGUUCGUUUUUUUUUAGAUAGGUGCGAAUUUGAAUUUCAAGUGUGAUGAUUUGGGUACACAUGCUCCUCUUUGAAACUACUUUGUGUUAACGUUUAUGACAGAAUGAUGUUGUCUUCUAAAGUUUCAGUCGAUAAUAGAGGAAAAUAGUAAGGCAGAGGCUUUGUUGAUCCUCAGUAAUUCUGUUCUGUCUAUACUUCACCAUAUGGUGUCAGUACUGGGUCAUGAUUACACUUAGGAAGGAUACAAACCUACAGUAGCAGUGGAGGUUGGUGUCACCUUAAUUGGGGAGGACGGGAACGUAGUAAUGGCUGGAGAGGAAUAAGUAGAAAGGUAUCAACAACAUCAAACACAUGGUUUCAAUGUGUUUGAUGCCAUUCCAUUCGCUCCGUUCCAGCCAUUAUUAUGAGCUGUCUCCCCUCAGCAGCCUCCACUGGUUGUUCACUCCAGGGAAAUGUCCACUCCUCAAUUCUAUUUGGUCAGUUACAUACAUUGUUUUAAAUGGAACUUGGACUGGUCACAAUAUAACCCACCCUCUUUUAAAUAGAACUUACACUGUUCUCAUAAGAAUCAACGCUGUUCUCAAUAGAACCAUCACUGUUCUCAACACUGCUCUCUCUCUCUCCUCCAGGUGAGGUGUACCUGGACCCGGGUACGGCCCAGAGGAACCUGGUCCUGUCAGAGGAUGGUCGCCAGGUGAUGUACGAGGAACAGAAGCACAACCAGUCGGAAGGCACUCGUCGCUUCAGCCCCGCCCUCUUCGUGAUCGCUCGCGAGGGCCAUGUCCUCUGGACGCCAUUACUGGGAGGUCGAGGUGGGCCACAAGACUGCCUGGACUGUGGGCGUGAUGCGGGCGUUGGCACGCCGGAAGGGAGAGAUAAAGCUGAGCCCUGA